AUGAGCAAAGGAUCAAAGGAUGGAGGGUAUCACACUCAUCAGAAUAAGCUCAUAGAUCACACUCAUAAGAAUAGGCUCAUAGAUCACACUCAUAAGAAUAAGCUCAUAGAUCACACUCAUAAGAAUAAGCUCAUAGAUCACACUCAUAAGAAUAAGCUCAUAGAUUACACUCAUAAGAAUAGGCUCAUAGAUCACACUCAUAAGAAUAAGCUCAUAGAUCACACUCAUAAGAAUAAGCUCGUAGAUCCCACUCAUAAGAAUAAGCUCGUAGAUCACACUCAUAAGAAUAAGCUCAUAGAUCACAUUCAUAAGAAUAAGCUCGUAGAUCACACUCAUAAGAAUAAGCUCAUAGAUCACAUUCAUAAGAAUAAGCUCAUAGAUCAUACUCAUAAGAAUAGGCACAUAGAUCACACUCAUAAGAACAAGCUCAUAGAUCACACUCAUAAGAAUAAGCUCAUAGAUCACACUCAAAAGAAUAAUCCCCAGUCCAAUGAUAAGACACGUUGA